AUGGCGUCUCCUCUCGAGCGCCCGGCUCUGGGGCAACUUGCCAGCUUGGGAAGUCUAUAUGAUGCCCGUAGCGACAACUUCCUUGGGAUGUCUCUUUCUGACAAAUCCUUUCCUCCCUACGCUAUGGAAACUACAGAAAACCCGUCUUCCAACAUCAAAUUUAUCUUUGAUGAUACGCUGAAGGGCAAGUUCGCUGUUCUUGGCGUCAAAGAUGAAUUGGGAGUCAGUAUCCUAGCUGGACUCGCGAAGUGCUCUCUACUUUGCGAUAUCGCGACUGUAUAUGAGAAGCUCAACUUCGCUGCAAGUGGCGUCAAGGAAUGCAUCGAGCUACGCGAAUUGGACACUGAUGUCGCUACUCACGUCGUGACUGGUAUUAGUUGGGGUCAACGCUAUGUGUUCACUACUAAAAAACAACUCCACCCUUCUGAAGACAGCAGCAAUGUUUCGAAGAAAUUAGCCGCAACUCUCACUCUGAUUGAAGAAGAGCUACUUAGAGAUGGUGCCCCUAUUUGUCUUGAAGACUCUGCGGAGAUUAACGUCUUUAGAGAUAACCUUGGCAUAGUUCCCAUCCUUACUGACUUGGCCGGUGCCCAGAACAUCAUCAAGGGUAUACCUGGUGACAGUUUGGGAAGGCCACUGGUCUACCACUUAAUGCCACUGUCUUUCCUCGCAGAGUUUCAGAUACUUGAUGUCAAGGCCGACAUCACCUACCGUCAGUUAGGGACCGACUGCGCAAAAGAGUGUGUGAAGUUGUUUGACGACAUUCAAGCUGCAACCCAGCAACUUAAUGACUACAUCAUCAGACUACAGAACCACCCUGCCGGUUUUCCGCCUGGACAUACUGAAUCAACUGCACAAAUUCUUGCUAAGUACAAAAGUCUCGGAGACCUACCAUAG